UUUUAUGUGGAAUGUGUAGUUUGAGUAAUAAAUUUUUUGUGAGUUGAGAUGAGGAGGAAGUUUAGCCUUGGCGUAUGUGCCAUGGAGAGUAAAGUUGAAAAUGUGCCAAUGAGGUCAAUUUUAAAACGACUCGAAGAUUCCGGCGAUUUCGUCGUCGUCGUCUUUCCAGAACAAAUGAUUUUGGAGGAGGAACCCUCAAACUGGCCCGUUGUCGAAUGCCUCAUCGCAUUCUACUCACGCAACUUUCCCCUCGAAAAGGCGAUAGAGUAUGUGAGAUUGUAUAAUCCUGUGAUAUUGAAUGACUUGGAAAAACAAAGAAUUAUACGCUCUAGAGUUGAAAUAUACCGCGAACUUCAGGUAUACACCGCCUGUCGUAUACCGCAUCCGAAUUACAUAAUUGUGGACCACCAGUUGGUAAAGCAGGGUCUCCACACCUUCGAGGAGCAUUACGACUACAUAGUCUACAACGGCAUAAGAUUAAAUAAGCCGUUUGUGGAGAAGCCCGUCAACUCUGAUGAUCACAAUAAUUGGAUUUACUAUCCGCUCAACUCCGGCGGUGGCUGUAAGAAGCUAUUCCGCAAGAUUGCCGACCGUAGUAGUGAAUACUGUCCUGAAAUCCACAACGUACGUCGUGAUGCGACUUAUGUCUACCAGGAGUUUGUCAGUUCCUUUGGCACGGAUAUUAAAGUUUACGCUGUGGGUCCCAUGUUUGCACAUGCCGAGGCUCGGAAAUCCCCAGCGUUGGAUGGGAAAGUUGACAGAUACCCCGACGGCAAGGAGAUAAGAUACCCCGUAAUCCUAACUGGCAAGGAGAAAACCAUAGCCUGUAGAAUUGUGGACCAUUUUAGACAAAUUGUAUGCGGAUUUGACAUUCUACGGACCUUUGACGGGCCCUACGUAUGCGAUGUUAACGGCUGGUCAUUUGUCAAGCGAAAUCAAAAGUACCUCACAGACUGCUCUAACAUUCUGAGGAUCAUACUUUUACUAAAGUUACAGUCAAAGUAUAAUGUGGUGAUUGGGAACAUAGUGAAGGAGAGAACAGUGGGCGAGGAAGUGAUAAAGAAGACAUUCGCAGAUUUGAAAACAAGGAAUUUGUAUGAUAAAAAAAGAGAAGAGCUCUGCAGCGUUGUGGUUAUCAUGAGACACGCAGACAGGAAACCCAAAAAUAAACUCAAAUUCAAUACCAAAAAUAGACAUAUACUAGCAUACUUCAAAGGAAAUGUGUUGGGUGAGAUAAAGUUAAAAUCUCCUGAGGAGUUGGUGAGGUUAAACGAGACUGUGGUGUUGGUUCUGGACGAGUUACAGCGUGAGCUCGACUCACUCACCAACUCCUACGCCCAGCUAAACAGCUUAAAUAAUGAAAUUAACGCACUCGUCACCGAACUCGAGUGCUUUAGAGAACUCAAAAAAAUGCUCGACAAAGGCUACGAAUUCUCCGGCAUCAACCGCAAAGUACAAUUCAAACCCCUUUAUACCACUUCUAACCCUGUUAACUCUGUUAACACUGUUAACACUGUAAAUACUGUAAAUACUGUAAAUACUGUAAACAAUGCGAACAGAGUUAACACUGUAAGAAGUGUGAACAGAGUUGCCGGUGUGUGUGAUGAGAUGACGGACAGUUGUUCCAAAUCUUCUGCGUACACUUCGGAAACUGAGCACGCUUACACUGCGAGGCCAGUUAGGAAAUUAGACUCGGUGUUAAUAGUGGCCAAAUGGGGAGGGGACUUGACUGACGUUGGUAAAUUGCAGGCUGAGGACUUGGGCCGCAGGUUUAGGGAAACGCUUUACCCGGCAGACUGCAGCGGUUUAAUCCGGCUCCACAGCACUUUUAGGCAUGAUUUUAAGAUUUUCAGUAGUGACGAGGGCAGGUGUCAAAUUACAAGUGCAGCAUUUACCAAGGGUAUUCUGGAACUUGAAGGUGACCUCACACCAAUCCUAGUCACCAUGACCAUAAGAAACAAACGCGCCUACGAACUUUUAAACGACACCACAAUAUCACCACAGAGAUUAAAAUGUAAAGUUCUACUCAACAAAUUGAUUACUGCACAUGGGACAGAUCUGUACGAACAAGUGCUACGGGAUAUCCCAGAACAUGAUAGAUAUUACUAUAACAAGGCGAUACAGGAUUCAGAAUAUAAAAGGGAAGAUUUCGCCAUGUUACAGGGGCUUAUCAGGAAGUAUAUCAGGAGCCUGAAAAAGGAACUAAUGUGGAACUCACUCUACUCCGUAGACGACUACACCUUUUACAUUGUAAACAAAAUCAACCACACCAUCAACCGGUGGAACAGACUACUCAACAAGUUCCACAAACACGUGGAAUCUUCUACUAACACUGGUAACACAGGUAACACUGGUAGUUUCCAGGGUAGUGUCCAGGGUACCAAUACUACCAAUUCUGCUGCUCUUAAUACUGUUAAUACAGUUGAUAGUACUGUAAAUACAGUAAAUAGUACAGUAAAUAAUGCUGCACUUGGUACCAAUUCUGCUGCUCUUAAUACUGUAAAUACAGUAAAUAGUACUGUAAAUACUGUAAAUACAGUAAAUAGUAAUGUAAAUUCUGUUGCCGUGGGACCUGACACCGUAACGGAAAACCCCGUAACGGAAUAUGACUACACAAAGUUGAGUGACAUAGUUGACAACAUAAGAUAUGAUUUGAUACAUUUGCAUUACUUGUUGGGUCACGGGUUAGAGGUUGGAUUUGAGAUUUAUAACAUUGUGGAGCGUCUGAGUUCGGUGAUUUCACCCUGCGAGUACGGCGUGACACCCAGGGAAAAAUUAGAAAUUGGCGUCACAAUCGCAUGGAAUUUGCUGCAGAAGAUAUUACACGAUGUUACAUUUCACCUUUUAUACACAGAAUCCAUCAACUCACACGAUAACGACAUACACAAUUCGAACACAUUUACCACAGGGGACACUUUUAAUAACAAAUCCGUAAACCACAAUAACUCUGUAAAUACUAACUCUGUAAAUACUGUAAGCUCUGUGAAUUGUGGUGACACUAGCCCCGUAACGCAGGAUGUGUGUGUGGAUAGGCCGAUAGAAUUGAGAGCGAUAAAUAGAAUGUUAAAAAAUGACACUUCUGCUGCGUCUAUUGCUGCUACAAGUUUACUAAUCGCAAAUACGUAUCUCAACGCUGACCUCCUCUUUGACGCCGGAAAAUGCUUCAUCGGAGGACUCAAACCAUCCGAAAUGUACCUCUUCCACAAUCAAUCCCACACCGAACUACUCUACCACAAUCAUCUCACACACACUACUAACACUUGUAACACAGUUCCUACUGUGCCUACAGUGCCUACUGAUAACACUACUAACACUAUGCAUACAGUAGACCCGAUAGAUCAGGGGAUAAUAUUGAAUUCGUAUAGUUUAUGGUCGCAUGUGGGAGAGUUGUGUGUGGAUGAGAGGACGAGUAGAUCGGUCCGUGGCUCAUAUCACGACUUGGGCUACAAAUAUAACAAAUCUAUCGAUACGAAUAAUCUGGAGACUAAUAAUCUGGAGACUAAUAAUCUGGAGACUAAUAAUCUGGAGACUAAUAAUCUGGAGACUGACUUGCUGAAUCUCUCACUGAAAGAUACACCGGGUGACUUCAUAACUAAUCCUAAGAUCAGGUCCCGGUUCUAUGUGACUUCGGCGUCACACUUGUUUAGUGUGUUUAACUUCUUCAAAUACGCCCACCUGCUUGACGACUCUUUUGACACAAACUCGAAGCAAAUUGAGAAUAUUAAUGAUUUACACUACUUAUCACAUUUAGUCCUGAGGGUUUGGCGUAGUAAGGGCGAUGAAGGGUAUUUUAACAGGCUGGAGAUUCUGGUAAGCUCCGGUGCCAAGGACGGGUUCGGCCAGAACUACGAACUGCUGGAAAAAAACGCCAAGGACCAGAAAAACAAAUAUAAAAGACAUAUACAACGGUAUAGACUACAGAAAACACUGACACACAGAUGCACUGACUGCCCAAUCACCACCAGGAAUUUUGUCUCUGGGCCCAAAUUCACAUUCACCAACAGUAAAAUCAGAGCCAUAAACACUGUUAACAGGGCGUACUCCCUUAAAUCUAGUAACUCCAAUAGUAACUCCAAUAGUAACUCCAAUAGUGACUCUGCUGCAAUUGGGUCAAAUGGACUAUGGAGUAAGUGUGUGGUGGGAUUGACGAAUACUGCGGUUGGCUCGGGUAACUUGAGUGCGAAUAGUUGUACAGUGGUGAAUUUGGACAAGUAUAACUUAAUGUACGAGAUGGACAAGAAGUUCAAGUGCUACAAUUGCUUCCUCACAGAGUAUAAAACCGCACGCAAUAUUAACACCGUAGACAAACAUUUGAGUACUGUAGACAAAGUUACUACAGGUACCGUAGACAAACAUUUGGAUUCUGUAAACAAGAAUAUUGGAGAUACUGUAGACAAAGUUACUACAGGUACUGUUGGUGAGAGUGAGAGUGUGAGAGGAGUGGAUAUGGUCCCGCCAUAUUGUGAGUUGAAUACGUUGGUGAUAAUGAAUAGAAAUUUCGGGUUGGAUCGGUUAAAAGAUUACAUACAAAAAGCUUACCAUAACAUUCUACUCAAACAACCAAACUAA